CUCGACUCACGAUGGACUGCUUGUGAGACGGCCGUCGUGCCGCGCCAAGCGCUCCAAACUAACAGCUGGAACAGGACGCAGCUCUACUAUAGCCACAUAGAUCUUGUGUGAAAAUUUUGUGAGCGUUGGAAGAGCAGUCACGGAGAUAAAGAGCAGCUCUGCCAGGUGAGGUCAAAUUUGAGCCGCGCGAGCACACGAAGGACGAGCCAGCGCAGCAUCCAUGGACGAACCACUGGCAAACAACACAGAGGAACCAAAUAUAACUGAGACGAAAGGACGACUCCGUCGACGCCUCAUCACCCUCGCCUGCAUGCUGAUCGCUGCGGGACUAGUAGCCGCAGUCACGCCCGACGACAGCGCGCUCACGAAACCCUACGCCUACAUCUCCGCAGCGUUGGGCGGCCUGUACUUCGUAGCCUGGAGCGUCUCCUUCUGGCCCCAAGUGCUGCUCAACAAACAGAGAAAAACAACAGUCGGCCUGUCGCCCGAUUUCGCGGUGCUCAACGCGUUUGCGUUUGCCGCUUAUUCAGCGUACACCCUCGCCCUGUACGCGUCGCCGCGCAUCCGCCACCAGUACAAGCGACACCACGACCAUGCACCAGAAGUACGCUUCGCCGACGUCCUCUUCUGCCUCCACGCCCUGCUGCUCUCGUCGGUCACGGUGGGCCAGAUCGCCUACUACGACGGCUUCGCGAAGCAAAAGCCGAGUCGACCGGCGCGCUACGGCCUGGCCGCGCUCGCGCUUUAUGUAGCAGGCACCGCUAUCGUGGGCCACGAAGCACUACAAAUCCUCUACGCGCUCUCGUACUGUAGGAACCAGCGUCGCGUCGAUGGCGUGAUUCUUCGCGAAGUCAUUUCUCGGCGACGACGCGGCCGUGCUAAGACCCACACCACCGCGACGCCGUCGAGCAGGUGUCGCGUCGAUGGCGUGCAGGGGAGAAGGUGGAGGGUGCAACGUAUCAACACGCAGGCAAGAUGGCCGUCACGUUCUGCAAAUACCUCCCGCAACUCCUCUUGAACUAUAGGCGGCGAUCGACGGUCGGCUGGCCGAUCGACAACAUCCUGCUCGACUUCACGGGCGGCGCCCUCUCGACGCUCCAGCUCAUCCUCGACUGCGCAAAUCAAAACGACUGGAGCGGCAUCUCCGGCGACGUCGUCAAGUUCGGCCUGGGCGUCACGUCGAUGGUCUUCGAUGUGCUCUUCCUCGUGCAGCACUACGUGCUCUACCGACCCGUUCCCGCGGGGACGUCGGAGGCGCUCCUCGACGGCGUCGACGGUGGCGAGGACCUUGUUGUGUAAGGUGAUUUUUGUGAAGAA